GCAUGCAGUCUCUGGACCAUCUGGCCUUUGCAGCAUCCGCCCUUGUCUCCUGCAUUUGGGCAGCGCUCUUAGGAUUGAUGCUCUUGGCCUGGGCAAACGGAUCGACUCCGGAUCGUUCCCGCAUCGAAGUCUGCGGAUUGGGCUGGAUUGGAUGGGUGAGCUCCACAAGCAAUUGUGGGGUCCUUUGCAGUCGCUGCGAAGUAUUUGCCGACGCGAGUCGCCGAGUACUCUAAAUCACACUAAUGCGCUCGAAUAUCCUUCGAAUUGGAUGUCGUUCCUUAGACUACUGUCACCUUGAUCCAACGUCAAGGAGUCCAUGUGGGCCGUGCUCCAUCCAACCUCCCCAUCCU